CCAAACUUUGGAAAAGCAGCCCAAGCGCGGUGAUCUGCAGUCGAUAAGACGUGCGUCGACCACAGAGCAGCAGCUCUCGUUGAACAGACGCAGCCAUGCUCCUCAAACUCGUCGCCUGCGCGGCCGCCGCCGAAGCAAUCGCGCACGCGACGCUCGUCCCCGUAAAGCUGGGAGACAACCAAGACAUCCCCGUCUACGUGGGCGGCGAGGCCGACGCGCCUUCAAUAAUAGUCAUCCAGGAGUGGUGGGGCGUCGACCGGGGCACGAUGCAGAAGGCUUUACGCCUCGCGCAGCACGGCUACCGCGUUUUGGUACCAGACAUCUACAAAGGAAAGAAGGGUAUCAAUGCGGAAGAAGCAUCGCACCUGAUGGGCGAGCUCGACUUCCCGAAGGCCAUCGAGGAGAUCGGCAUCGCGGCACAAUACCUGAAGAAGACGGGCUCGUCGCGCGUCGGCGUGGUCGGCUUCUGCAUGGGCGGCGCUUUAACAUUAGGAGCGCUGGCCGCGUCCGACGACAUCGUGGCGGGCGCCCCUUUUUAUGGAGUGAACUUCGGGCUCUUCGACGCCAAAAAACUGAAAAAGCCGGUCCAGGGCCAUUUUGGCGCCCUGGACGCCAUGGAGGGCUUUUCGGACCCCGCGACGGGCGCAAGGUUGGAGAAGGAGUUGACGAACGCCAAGGUCUUCAUCUACGAGGGCGUCGGCCACGCGUUCAUGAACCCCGAGCCGGCGCCCUUUUCCACUUUCGAGGAAAGGCAGGAAAAAAUGGGCUUCCCGGCCUACGACAUGCGCCAGGCCGAUUUGGCGUGGGGCCGUUUAUUGGACUUCUUCCUCGAGCACCUCGCGGCGCCGCCGCCGGGGCGGACGGACCUCCCGAUUCACACGCCCGCGACGGACCUCUAGUAGUA